AUGUGGAGAUUCAGGAGCGGGGAGGGCGACAGCCCGUGGCUGCGAACACUGAACGGUCAUGCCGGGAGGCAGGUGUGGACGUUCGAUCCCGAGGCGACGCCGGAGGAGCUGGCCGACGUGGAGCGUGCGCGGGAGGAGUUCCGAAACCACCGCUUCGAGAAGAAGCACAGCGCCGAUCUCCUCAUGCGACUGCAGGUACGCCGCCGCAGAGCCCCUCUGCUCUUCCUCUUCUUCUUCCGCGCCUCACUCCUGUGGGAGAUCGAUCGCUAUCUGGUUCACCUCUGUCUGUCAAAGCGCCAUUUCCUCGUCUCACCACCCUCGAAUUGGCGAAAGUGCAGUUUGCAAGGGAGAACCCCCUCGGACCGAUCCUUCCCCGAAUGGAAGUGGCGGAGAACGAGGACGUCGGAGAAGAAGUUGUCACGACGACAUUAAGGAGAGCGUUGAAUUUUUACUCUACGAUCCAAGCGAGUGAUGGACAAUGGCCGGGAGACUACGGAGGGCCAAAUUUUCUCAUGCCUGGCCUGGUAAGAGCGCCGUCGUUCGCCGAAUCAGCCGGAUGCUCUGUCGCAUGAUCGAUCGCUUUUGGUGCCGUUCUAGGCGGCGGUCGCAGUCGGAUCUGUCCUUUUCAUUGUUCACGACGGCGGACUGAUGCCGGCUCCAUUUUGGUUCGGUGUUCAGUGCUCGGUGGGCAGAUUCGCUGUUCCUCCGCCGCUCCAAGCUUUUUUCUCAGACAUUGUUAUUCUCUGUCACUAUCCUGACUUGCUUCUGGCGCAGAUCAUAACACUUUAUAUCUCCGGAGCUCUAAACACCGUCCUCUCUCCCGAACAUCAGGCUGAGAUACGGCGGUAUCUUUUCAACCACCAGGUGGGUGAAAAUAUUUCAUCUGAUUGCUGCAAUUCUUCUCAUUUUGCCGUCUUAUGCAGACCCCCGUCUGCUGAUGCAUCCUUCGUCGUUCCUGCUCCUAUGCGACUCGCACAGGGUAUGGUGAUGAUAACCCUGGCCUCGCGUUUUGUGCAUGACUGCAGAAUGAAGAUGGAGGUUGGGGUCUGCAUAUCGAGGGCCAUAGCACAAUGUUCUGUACCACGCUGAUCUACGUUACUCUGAGGUUGCUCGGUGAGGGAGCAGACGGUGGAGAAGGAGCAGUAGCCAAAGGACGGCAAUGGAUCUUGGACCAUGGUGGCGCCACUGCUUGCACGUCGUGGGGGAAAAUGUGGCUUUCUGUAUGGCGCUGUGGUUAAUGUCGUCCUCUCUGAUCAGGAGGCUUGCCUUCAAGCAGCUUUCUUCUCUGAUGCUGCUCCCUUCGUAAUGUGUAGGUACUGGGAGUGUACGAGUGGUCCGGUAACAAUCCUCUAACGCCAGAGAUAUGGCUGCUCCCAUAUUUCCUUCCUGUUCAUCCAGGUUUCUACGCCAAGCUCUUCUCUAUUCUCUUGUGAUAUUUCUUUGUCAUCGUAGUUUCUGUGGAUCCAUUGAGCGUAGAUGUGUAGUGCAGUAGCGGUUUCAGUUUCGGCUCAAGAGAGUACAUUUUGAGAUAGGAUCUGAAGUUUGCAGCACCGCUGCUCCCUUUUCUUUGACAAGUAUUACCUCAACCACAGAGUCCACAUCCCGGGCCUGAUCUUAUGGUUUCCAAGGCUCCAGGACUGUAUUAUGAUGCUGCUACCGAUCGCAAUGCGUUGUGUUUAGACCGAUAUCUUGGGGAGUAGAUAUAUGUUUACACAGCCCAUUCUCUCCUUCUGACGAGUUGUCUGAUAGUAGAGUCUGGAGGGCUCUACCUUAUUUGGGAGUGCAUCUUUCCAUUUUUCUCGUGAAUUUUUUUUUUUGGUAAAUACAUCAUUUGAUUCAUUCUUGACAGGCUCUCUUGAGCUUCUACUGACCGCAGUCCCCCCUAUCAAAUCGGGCUUUUGUGUUGGUUAAUGUUCGCUAUAUAUAUGCUGUGAUGAUGUGCAUAGGCCUAUCUUCUCAAAUGGAUGUCAAGUUCCCUGCUGGGCAGAUGGGGAUACUACAAAUAUUUUUACCAAAAAUGCAAAUGCUAUCGUUGGAAGAUCUAGCCAGAGUCCAUGCCACGCUACCUUAUGCCUUUGAAUUCCCUUCUCAUUGGUGCCCAUUAUUUACAUUACAGGGCGGAUGUGGUGCCACUGCAGAAUGGUGUACCUGCCAAUGUCAUACCUAUAUGGGAAGAGAUUUGUUGGCCCAAUCACACCAUUGGUGUUGUCACUAAGGAAGGAGCUGUAUGCUGUUCCUUACGACAACUUGGACUGGGGCAAGGCGCGAAACUCGUGUGCAAAGGUCGGUCUAUCUAAAAGAUCUGGUGUUAGUAUGGUGCAUGGCCAGGGCAACUAUUCGCUUAUGCUCGUGUUGAGAAUAAGAUUGCUCACCUCGCAGGGCUUUGAUUUAUAUGAUUGUAGCGAAAGAUUUCCCCGAGGAAAAGCAAGACUAGGUGUCCAAUCAGGAUCGGAUUUUAUCCGUUGCUCCCUAUGUUUAAAUUCUUCUUGUAGCCACAAGUUUUACUUCAGUUCUGCAUUUCCAUCUGUACAACACUUCGGCAAAAAUGAAUACCUUAAUGCUCACGAGCUUUGGCAUUUCGAGUGAAAGUUAUUCUACUUUUUAAGGGCUCGUUUGUAAUGAGUUCUUUCUUGCUUGCUCUCUCUCUCUCUCUCUCUCUUCCUCUUAUUGCAGGAGGAUCUUUAUUAUCCACAUCCACUCAUACAAGAUAUGCUUUGGGCGUGUCUCCACAAGGCUGUUGAACCCGUUCUAAUGCGUUGGCCCGGCACUCUGUUGAGAGAGAAGGCUUUGAAAACUGUGAUGGAACAUAUUCACUAUGAAGAUGAGAACACACGUUAUAUUUGCAUUGGGCCAGUAAACAAGGUAGCCAUAACAGACCCUCUUCCCAUUUUCUCAAGCUCUAUGUAUGGUAUGUUUGAUGAAUGGUUGAGAUAGCUAUACAUCAGAAAUAUUGUCUUGACGAACGAAAGUGACUGCAUUUAGCGACAAACCGAAGCUUCAGAUCCGGAACUAGUCAUUAAUGAAUGAAACGACGCUGGAUCUUAGAAGUAGAUUGUACCUGGCCGAUCUAAGUCCCGAUUCGGGUAAGAGCUGACUUGUUCGGCUCUGUGUAUCGGAGAACAAAGGCAAUCAACCGCUUUUCCUUCUCUAACUCUCUUAAUGGAACAGGAUACCAUGUGAUCCUAGCGCUUGCAGUAUAGCUUUUUUUCCUCAUCAUUCGCUUGUUGGUGCGUUUGGUGCCUCGAGUUGAUGCUGAUGUGAGUCCAAUGCUUCAGUGGAUCAGUUGAAUCCACGUGAACAAAUCAUUUUCCAAUUCGCGUUUAAUGUUGACAUGGGCCUAAAUAACUGCUACACUUUUGGCCAGAUUUUUGGGUAGCAUUUUAGUGAUUUCAAGUUGCCAUUGUCCUUACAGCCACUGAAUAUGCUCUGCUGCUGGGCGGAAGAUCCAAAUUCGGAGGCAUUCAAGUUGCACAUUCAUAGGAUCCAGGAUUAUCUGUGGGUUGCUGAGGAUGGCAUGAAGAUGCAGGUCCAGUAAAUGAUCCAAAAAUCUCUUUGCGUAGUAGUGCUGCGAACCUGCUUUAGGCUGCAGGGGAUUAUAAUUGUUACUGCUUCCCUUCUCGAAUCUUGAUUUGAUAGCAACACCAUCUGAGGUAAUAGCCAUUUGUGAAUUGCUCAUGCUCAUGCUCAUUGAAGUAACUGCAGGGGUACAAUGGAAGCCAACUUUGGGACACCGCCUUUGCUGUCCAGGCGAUGAUUUCCACCAAUCUAUAUGGAGAAUAUGGUGACACCCUCAAGAAGGCGCAUGACUACAUCAAGGCCACGCAGGUGCUCAUGCUGUGGAUUUGCGUUUUGCCCGCAUCUCUAGCUGACUGCUGCGGCUUUUGUUAAUUGACCUGUUUCGUCACAAAUGAAGGUCCUUGAAGACUGCCCCGGUGACCUUAGCCGUUGGUAUCGCCACAUUUCAAAAGGGGCGUGGCCCUUUUCAACUAGGGAUCACGGAUGGCCCAUUUCUGAUUGCACAGGCGAAGGAUUGAAGGUCAUCUUUCUUUCUUUUUUCUUUUUUUUUUUCUUUUUUUUUUUUAACAGGACUGAGUGCAUGCAUGUUCUAUGGUACCGUUCAUCGUCGUGAUGUUUUUUUUUUUUUUUUUGGUUUGAUUUUCAGGCUGCUCUCGUACUGUCACGCCUGCCAGGUCAACUGGUUGGGGAGCAAAUCGAUGCCCGCAGGCUGUAUGAUGCCGUCAAUGUUAUUCUCUCGCUGAUGGUGAUCGCCGCCGCCCUUUUCGUGCAUCACUAUCGGAUUCGCUAUUCUGCACGCCUGUCCCUCUCUAACCCCGUUGCACCACCUCAGGGAAUCAAUCUGACGUGAUUUGUUCUCUCUGUCACCUUCUUCUUGUUUUUGCUUCAGAACAAGGAUGGCGAUUUCGCAACAUAUGAGCGGACGAGAUCCUAUGCCUGGUUGGAGGUGAGAACUGAUUGAUUGGACCAUCCUCCUCCCCCGCCUGAGCCUGCGUCUACCUCCUUGACCGCUGCUGUGUCUGUCCCUCGUGGUAGCUUCCUGUUUCUGGGAAAAAGGUUGACGUUCUGCUGGUUCUUCAGGUCAUCAACCCUGCCGAAACCUUUGGCGACAUCAUCAUCGAUUACCCGUGAGGAUCUCUUGCAUCGGCUCUUCUUCCUGUUAGGAUUGAUGCCCUGAGAAUUCCCGUCCUCGUGGAAAGCGUAUCUUCCCUCACCGGGGUCAUGCGGCGUUGCAGAUACGUGGAGUGCACUUCUGCAUCGAUCCAGUCCCUGGUAGCAUUUAGGAAGCUGUACCCUGGCCACCGUAGAGAAGAGAUCGGCGACUGCAUCACCAGAGCUGCUCAUUUCAUCGAGAAGAUUCAGAAGCCGAAUGGCUCAUGGUCUGCGUCUACUUCUACUCCUAGUCCUAGUCGUACCUUUUCUUCUAUUCUAUGGUCGCGCCCUGCGCUUCUUCCUCCGCUGGAGAGAUCUCCUCCUAGUUUAGUGCUCCUCCAAGUUUAUUGGCCGGCGCUCACGUGAAGGAGAGUCUUCCUGCAGGUAUGGCUCCUGGGGGGUGUGCUUCACUUACGGCACCUGGUUUGGCGUCAAGGGGCUGACUGCCGCCGGACGAACCCACGAGAACUCCGGCGCAAUCCGCAGAGCCUGCGAUUUUCUGCUGUCGAAGCAGCUCCCCUCGGGGGGUUGGGGAGAGAGCUACCUUUCAUCCCAGGACAAGGUAAGAAGAGAAGAGCUCCUCCUUCCUUGCUCCUGAAUCAAGGUCCACAGUCUAGUGGUCCUCUUGAAUGAAUGAAUCUAUCUCUCUUCUUCUCCGCCUGCGUCCGAAGGUCUACACGAAUCUCCCGGGCGAUCGAUCCCACCUGGUGAACACGGCAUGGGCAAUGCUGGCUCUCAUCGACGCCGGACAGGUUCCUCCUCUCCCAACCACACGCUGAAAACCCAUUCCCGUCGGCGAACUUGUGUCUGAACAGUGCAGUGCAGUACUGACGCGCGUUCGGUGUUUGCCUGUUUCCUUGUUUGCUUGUCUGUCGGUGCGGGGGCAGGGGCAGCGAGAUCCGGCGCCGCUGCACCGCGCUGCGAGGGUGCUGAUAAAUGGGCAGAUGGAGAACGGCGACUUCCCGCAGCAGGUAGGAGAAGCCGCUCUGGUCUGGUCUGCUGUGCUCGAACCUUUACUAACCCUCGCUGGCUGCUCCGCUGGAUGCGCAGGAGAUCAUCGGAGUCUUCAACAGGAACUGCAUGAUCAGCUACUCCGCGUACCGCAACAUCUUCCCCAUUUGGGCACUCGGCGAGUACCGCAACCGCGUCCUCCUCCCGCGCGGGGGAUGA